CCAUCUCUCUGCAUCUGUUUACCAUUGAAAGACGCUGAGCGUUCUUCUUUUCCUUUUUCUGUUUUUUCUUUAUUUCCUUAUAUAUUAUUUCCUUAUUUCCUAAGUCGUCUAUCUUAGUAUCUCAAGUCUUGCUUUUGUUCGACCAUCUACAAACGUUUCUAUUGUUUCUUGGGGCUAUACUUCUCUGUAACGACAAACGUCUUGACGACUGGAACGAUAUCGAUACUCUCUAUACACCUUCGAACUCAUAACAAAACACACAUAUACACCACUUUAAGAUGCAAUUAUCAACAUUCGUCGCGUCCGUCUUGGCAGUGACUGCUUCUGCAGCACCUAGCUUCCCCAAGCCCACCAUUACCGAUACUCGAUCUGCCAUCGACACAUUAGGAUCAUUGUCUGGUUACUUCAACCUCGUUGCGGAAAAGGUCAAGGCUGCCAAGGCAUACGAUGUAGCUCCCGUCUGUGAUCUCUCACAAGCCAAGAUGGCUCUUGAUGGUCAAUUACUUCCUCCUUCCAAGGGACUUUACCUCAAGCAUGUUGCUAUCGGCCGUGGUACGCAAAACUAUACAUGUGACACCAAGAAUCCUUCAUCAGCACCCGUUGCUACCGGUGCUGUGGCAACUCUCUUCAACGCCAGCUGCGCCGCUGCUUUGUACCCUGAUCUUGUUGAACGCAUCCCCGGCAUGGCUGUCCACUUUCCCUUGACAGAUGCUGCCAAGCUUGGCCCUGCCUCUUUUCCCGAGUCUGGCCACCACUACUUCACUGCCGACGGUGUGCCUUUCUUCGACCUCCGCACACCAGAGCAAACUAUUGGAGAGGCACCCUGUGCCAAGAACAGCAGCGCUCCUGCGCCAUCAUUCUCAGCCAAGGGUCAGCUUGGCGAGGCUGCUGUGCCCUGGCUCAGACUCUUUACCAUCAAGGGUGCGACUCACGACAUCAAGGAGGUGUACCGAACUACCACAGCUGGUGGCAGUGCUCCUGCAACAUGCAACGGCAUGGCCUCUGAAUUUGAGGUUCAAUACGCAACACUAUACUGGUUCUGGGCCGGCAAAACUGAUGAUGCUGAGGCUUGAACUUAUUAGGAAGACUUUAGGACGCGAUAUUGGUUCGUGCAUGAAAUUUGUUUUUUUCUUCUUAUACAUGUAGAUAGUCUUGUUUUUGUCAUGGUAAUAUCCCCUGAUGGUAGCGUCGUGGAGGUCAAUAAUUCAACUUGUGACUUGAGAUUCUUUUGUCCAGUUUAUUUAUUUGUGAAUGAUUUUUGGGUAAAGAGGAAACAAACAACCGGAGAUAUGC